AUGUCGGUCCCACCCAUCGUAAAGGCCACGCUGCAGGCGGCGGUCAUUAAUGCUGGGUCGAAUGUAUUGGCACAGAGCAUCAAGGCUUAUAGGAGUGAUAUCCCCUUUGAACUCGACCCCCAGGCCCUAAUACAAUUCACAACCUGCGCCAUCAUCACCACACCAUUAAACUACAUCUGGCAGAACAACCUAGAAGCAGCUUUCCCUGGCACACGCCCUCGAGAUGCAGCCCCCAAGCACGAAAUCAAGCCCGGUCGCUCAGACACAGAAACCUCGAAGCCGGCCCUAAACGUUACCAACACCGUCACCAAGAUCGUAAUUGAUCAAACCAUAGGCGGCACCUGGAACACGGUACUCUUCCUCUUGACCAUGGGCCUUCUGCGAGGCGAGCAUCAUGAACUUGUUUUUGCACAGAUCCGCCAGGAAUUCUGGCCCAUCAUAAUUGCUGGGCUCAAGCUUUGGCCCUUUGUGUCAGUUCUCAACUUUACCGUUGUUCCUGUGGACCAGCGAUUGCUCGUUGCCAGUAUAUUUGGUGUGGCAUGGGCUGUGUACCUGAGCUUGAUAUCUGGGUAG